AAAUACCUUAGUUGAGUUAUCACAAUCAUUACCCAUUUAGAUAUAGACCCAAAUUUCAAACACAAAAUCAUCCAUUUCUUCCGCCACCGCCAACCACUACCACUGUCUUUCAUAAUUUUCACAAAUUUCAGAAGAAGAAGAAGAAGAAGAUAUGGGAAUACUACACGAAGACGUCGUGAUAAUUAAGCAAACCGAGAAGGAAGAUGAAGCUACUGUGAUUACGAUUAACUGUCCAGAUAAGACUGGUCUCGGCUGUGAUCUUUGCCGCAUCAUCCUCUUCUUCGGUUUGAGCAUCGUCCGUGGCGAUGUAUCAACAGACGGAAAGUGGUGUUAUAUCGUGUUUUGGGUAGUCGGAAAAGCAAGCAUACGAUGGGGUUUAUUGAAGAAGAGGCUAUUGGAAGCUUGCCCUUCUUGUUCUUCUGCUAACACACUCAUAUACUAUCCAGCAGAAUCGCAGCCCCCUAAGCCUCCUGAUGUGUUCCUCCUGAAGUUCUGUUGUCGUGAUCGCCAAGCCCUGUUACAUGAUGUGACGCAAGUUCUGUCUGAGCUCGAAUUGAUCAUUCAAAGAGUGAAAGUUUCGACCACCCCGGAUGGGAUGGUGAUGGACUUGUUCUUCAUCACUGAUACAAGGGAACUUCUGCAUACAAAUAAGAGGAAGGAGGACACAUAUGGUCAUUUAAAAGCGGUUGUAGGGGAUGAUAUGGUGAGUUGUGAUAUAGAAAUGGUCGGUCCUGAGAUCACUGCGUGUUCUCAAGGCCCGCCAUUUCUUAUUCCUCCUGCAAUCUCAGAAGAUACGUUCAGCUUGGAGAUGCCCGAUGGGUGCAAACAUGGGUCUCUCCAAUCCGACAGUGUUUCAGUGACGAUGGAUAACUCGCUCAGUCCAGUUCAUACGCUCAUCCAAAUUGUUUGCCGUGAUCACAAAGGUCUACUCUAUGAUAUAAUGAGAACUUUGAAGGAUUACAACAUUCAGAUUUCAUAUGGGCGAUUUAUGACAAAAGGGACAAAAGAUUGCGAGAUCGAUUUAUUUAUCGUACAAGCUGAUGGGAAGAAGAUAGUAGACCCUAGCAAACAAAAUGCAAUGUGUUCACGGAUUCGUAUGGAGUUAUUUCGUCCUCUUAAAGUAGCUUUGGUGAGUCGUGGUCCUGAUACCGAGCUGCUUGUUGCAAACCCUGUGGAAUUAUGUGGGAAGGGCCGGCCCCUCGUGUUUUACGAUAUUACCCUUGCUCUCAAGAUGCUCAGUACCGACAUUUUCACGGCAGAAAUUAGUAGGCACAUGAUCGGGGGUAGGGAAUGGGAAGUUUACAGAGUUUUACUCGAUGAAGGGGAUGGAUCCUCGGUUCCAAGGAGGAAGAUCAAGGAAGCGGUUUGGAGACUGUUGAUGGGUUGGGAACGGUGAUGAUGAUAAUGACUCUUUUUAACGUAUUCACGGACUGCGACAGGUGCGUAUGUGUAGUUGACAUAUAUGCGUUGCGAAUAGCUUCAUCCGAAAACGGAAUGGCAUACAAAUAGGAGGGUAAAAAGGUCAUUUCACGGUGUAUAGGGUAGGACGAAGUUUGGUUUGAGAGGGGGGGGGGGGGGGAUGGCAUAAGUUAAUGCUUACAGAAUAGCUUCUGUAUAUAUAACAAAUAUCGCGUUACACGAUAGAAUGAAAUGGGAAAUCAUGGUUCAAGAUUCGUAUGCAACUGUUGCUUAACGAGGGAAGCGGUUUCGCGUACGACGAGCGUUGGUCGUAGAGCAACGUAACGACCCUCUCGGGGUCGUGUGAGAUCCUUAAUGCACGAGGUACACAUGAUGAUACAGAAAGGAGUUUGUAGGUGAUAAUGUAGUGUUUAUGGAAUACUUAUGUUUUAUGGCCAUGUCUGUUGAAAUGACGCUUUUAGCUA